CUCCAAUGUACAAGACACUCACAUCAAGAUACUGAUGACAGUCAGUCAUCCAUGGAAAGUGGGCUCAGCAUACAAGAAAGCAAGCUCAGGAAGACGUGAAGACCAACAUCAAUGUGAAUUAUGCUUGUGAAAGUCUUGUGAAGAACUGGAUGAAAAAUUUGAAAUGGAAAAAAUAGGAGUUCUGUUAUGAGGAUAAAUGCAUCACUUCAGACUUUAUUCACUUUUGACUCUGAGUCAAAAGAUGUAGCUCUUAUAAAAGACUCAAGUUCUUAAGGAUUAGGAGAAAUACAGAUGAAGGUAAUCGAAGUAAUUUUGCAAAAGCAAGAUGGGCCAGGGCUAUUCAGAAGACGCUUCAAGAAGCCAUGUACAGCAGAGUGAGAUUUUGCAAGACAUACAAAACCUCUUCAGGAUUUUGUUUUGAACAAGCAGAUGCAUGAUUAUUUUUUAUUUUUCUGUCACCUUAUUCCAGAGCAUCAGUAGCUUUUAUGGCUGUAGUCUCCAUUGAAACAUUUGCCAAUGAUCCUUUUGGAGAUACAAAUACUUCUCUGGAUCAAAAAUUGUAUUUUGUGGAAACAGCUUAGAAUAAAUUACACUCCAUGGUUUCUGCCCUCUUCAAGAGCCUGAUCUCAUCUUAUCUAUAUAAGAUUUGCAAAGGAAUGUUUACAAAGAAAUCGGGAAACAGUACAAAAAGGAAAGAGAGUUGUCAGAGCAAAAAGGAACAAGACUUAACUCAGAUUGGACAAACAAAAAAUCCAAAAUUUUCAAAUACUUUAAAAAGCACUGUUAAAAAGAUUGCCAAGUGCCCAUCUGCUCGCAACUUAUCAACUGAAGAAGAGGAAAGCAAUAGAGAAUUUUCACUUUCUCCAACAUUCAGUUACAGAGUUGCUAUUGCCAACGGACUGCAAAGGCAUAUUUUUGUAGCAAAUACUAAUAAUGAAGAUUUAGUUCAAGACCUGUCUUCAAAUGAUAGCUCAUGUUCUGAGUCGUUAAGUGAAGUAAAAACUAAUAGCAAGAAAAACGAAUACUUAUCCCACACAAUGCCUGUGAGACGCAACAGGAAAAGCUUGAGCAGCCUCGCGGCCUCUGAUGGGAGUUCGGAUGGAGAACGCACUUUACACACACUGAAGCUGGGAGCCUUACGAAAACUAAGGAAGUGGAAAAAGAGCCAAGAGUGUGUCUCAUCAGACUCAGAGCUAAGUUCUUGGAGGAAAACAUGGGGAUUAAGAAGUAAAUCUCUGGACAGAACUGGCCGUCACCAGAAAUCAAAUACCCUUGAACCUGGCUUUAGUUCGACAGGUUGUAUUAGCCAAACCCACGAUGUUAUGGAAAUGAUCUUUAAAGAGCUUCAGGGAAUAAGUCAAAUUGAAACAGAACUCUCUGAAUUAAGAGGGCAUGUUAAUGCUCUGAAACAAUCAAUUGAUGAAAUUUCUAGUAGUGUAGAAGUUGUGCAAAAUGAAAUUGAACAAUUGCGAACUGGAUUUGUGCAGUCCAGAAGAGAAACACGGGACAUACAUGACUACAUUAAGCAGAUAGGCCAUCCAGGAAACAAAGCAAGUCUUAGGUUUCUAAAUGUGCCUGAAGAGCGGCUUGAAAAAGCUGAAAGCAUAGUUUACAAAAUAUUAAUGGAAAAAAUGGGAUUCUCAGAGGCACAAAGCACUAUUAAAAUUGAGUUUGCCCAAAGGCUUGGGCAGCAAAGAGACUGUCCAAAUGCAAAGCCAAGACCCAUUCUUGUUUACUUUGAGUCAUCACAACAGAGAGAUCUGAUUUUAAAAAAGUCUUAUAAACUUAAGGGAACUGGUAUUGGAAUUUCCACAGAUAUAUUUUCCCAUGAAAUAAAAGAUAAAAAAGAAAGAGGACUGCCUUCUUCUCAGACAUAUGAAAGCAUGGAUAUGAAACUUUUAACUGUGGAGACAAAAUCUAAAAUGCAUGACUGGGAGUCACCUGACAGUGAUAAAGACUUGGAAUCAGAUAUAAAUAAGAACAGUUAUGCAAAAAUAUCUAAAUCAGCACUUCAGAUAAAAACAAGCACUACAAAAGGGACUACAGAGUCCCCAAACACUGAAGACCUUGACAGAACUACUGACAAUAGCACCUUUUCACACAGAAGAAGUUAUGACAAUCAGUCACCAGAAUUUGACACUAUGGAAAAACAAUCAAAGACUUAUUAUUCAGAUGUGACUCCUUUAUGGCAUUUACAGAAUGACUUUGCAACACCAAAGCUUAGCCGUUCAGAAUCAGACUUCUCAAAAUUGUGUCAGUCUUACUCUGAGGAUUUUUCAGAAAACCAGUAUUUCAGCAGAACAAAUGGCGGUUCAUUGCUGUCUUCCUCUGAUCGAGAACUUUGGCAGCGAAAGCAAGAUGAUUCUCUAAACUGGUAUGGCAGUUCCCAGGAGCAGACUUUUGCCCAAGACAUGCAACAGUAUCCAGAACGAAAUGAAGCAGGGAACAUAGAAGGCAGUGGAGUAAGCAAUGGAAUAAUCUGUGUAUCUGGAGACAUAAACCAUUACGAUGAUAGUCAGCUUUCUUUACAGGAUGAUCUCUCCCCAUGGAAAAACUGGAAUCAGUUGGAACAAGGGGCAGAUUUGGGCCUAGACUCAUCCACGCAGGAAGUUUUUGUGUAUGACAUGAGCAGCCCUUCAGAUCAACAGACAGAUUUUGGAAAGGGUCAAAGUUCUGACCUCCAGUAUGAUACUGAAAGCUAUGAUUUCACUCUAGAUGGUACUUCACCAUCAUGUCCAGGCCUUGACAGCGAAACACAAAGUCAGUGGACUGGUCAAUAUGAUGAUUAUCAGGAAACAAAUUCUAUCUCCUCUUAUCAGAAUCAAAACAGAUUGCCUAUGAUGUACCGAAGUCAAAGUGAACUACCAAGUGAUGAUUCAGAGGAAACCGCCCCUAAAUCAUGGCACAGCCGAUUAAGCAUAGAUCUUUCUGAUAAGACUUUCAGCUUUCCUAAAUUUGGAUCUACGCUUCAGCGUGCUAAGUCCGCUUUAGAAGUAGUCUGGAAUAAAAGUACACAAAGUUUAAGUGGGUAUGAAGACAGUGGAUCAUCUUUUAUGGGAAGGUUUAGAACAUUAUCUCAGUCUACUGCAAAUGAAUCAAGUACAACACUUGAUUCUGAUGUUUAUGCUGAGCCUUAUUGCUACAAAGCAGAGUAUGAGGAAGAAUUAAUUGAGCCAUCUGGUGAGAAUGAAACAGACUAUGUAGAAGUAAUGGAACAAGUCCUUGCUAAACUAGAAAAUAGGACUAAUAGUAGUGAAACUAGUGAGCAGGUCCAAGAGUUUGAAUUGGACCAGUCUUUGUAUGAAACUCCAUAUGAAAUGCUACCAGAGGAACAAUAUGACGCACAGUUUGACAGUGUGAUCAGUGAAGAUGUAUUGGAAGUUGAAGGUGACAUGGCUCCUGAAGUAGAAAUAAGGGAGGAUGAAAAUCAGAAUGUUCCAGAGAUGAUUACUGAAGUUACUGAAAUUCCAAAGAAAAAAAGAAUACGACCCUCAUUUAAGGAAGCUGCUUUAAAAGCAUACAAGAAACAAAUGAGUGAUUUGGAGGAGAAGAUCCUUGCUGGAGAUAGCGGUUCUGUGGAUGAAAAGGCUCAGUUAGUAAGUGCAAGUUCCUUAGAUGCUUCUAAGCUUUAUGCAGUCCAAGCAUUUGCUGGCCGUGGACUGUAUGGAAUUGACAGUAUGCCAGACCUGCGAAGAAAGAAAUCUUUUCCCAUUGUUCGAGAUGUGGCUAUGACACUUGCAGCUCGAAAAUCUGGUAUUUCCAUGGCCAUGCUCAUCCGGACCUCCAUAAACACUGAUGAAAUGAAAAUGCAUGUCUUCAAGAAGACCCUGCAGGCUUUGAUCUAUCCAAUAUCAUCAACUACACCUCAUAACUUUGAAAUUUGGACAGCUACAACUCCCACAUACUGUUAUGAAUGUGAAGGCCUCCUUUGGGGCAUAGCCAGACAAGGCAUGAGAUGCACUGAAUGUGGUGUCAAAUGCCAUGAGAAGUGCCAAGACCUCCUAAAUGCUGACUGUUUGCAGAGAGCAGCUGAGAAAAGUUCCAAACAUGGUGCAGAAGACAAAACACAGAAUAUUAUUAGUGCUAUGAAAGAAAGAAUGAAGAUUAGAGAGAAAAAUAGACCAGAGGUGUUUGAAGUGAUCCAGGAAAUGUUUAAUAUUUCUAAAGAAGAUUUUGUACAAUAUACAAAAGCAGCAAAACAAAGUGUUUUGGAUGGAACAUCCAAAUGGUCAGCAAAAAUAACUAUCACAGUUCUUUGUGCUCAGGGCUUACAGGCUAAGGACAAAACCGGCUCAAGUGACCCAUAUGUUACAGUGCAAGUUGGCAAAAACAAACGAAGAACAAAAACUAUUUUUGGAAAUUUGAAUCCAGUAUGGGAUGAAAAAUUCUAUUUUGAAUGUCAUAACUCCACAGACAGAAUAAAAGUAAGAGUAUGGGAUGAAGAUGAUGAUAUCAAAUCUAGAGUAAAACAGCAUUUCAAAAAGGAAUCAGAUGACUUUCUCGGGCAAACAAUCAUUGAAGUAAGAACACUGAGUGGAGAAAUGGAUGUAUGGUAUAAUUUAGAAAAGCGAACAGAUAAAUCGGCUGUCUCUGGUGCCAUUAGACUGAAAAUCAAUGUUGAAAUUGAAGGAGAGGAGAAAGUUGCUCCCUAUCAUGUGCAGUACACCUGUCUACAUGAGGGGGAUGAGGCCUGGAAGGUGUACUUCGAUGACGCUGCCCAAGAAAUUGUGGAUGAGUUUGCAAUGCGCUACGGAAUUGAAUACAUUUAUCAAGCUAUGACGCACUUUUCCUGCCUCUCUUCUAAAUACAUGUGCCCUGGUGUUCCAGCAGUUAUGAGUACGUUGUUGGCCAAUAUAAAUGCUUUCUAUGCUCAUACAACAGCAGCAACUAAUGUAUCUGCCUCAGAUCGCUUUGCUGCUACUAACUUUGGGAGAGAAAAGUUCAUAAAGCUGCUGGAUCAAUUGCACAAUUCUCUGAGGAUUGAUUUAUCUAAAUACAGGGAUAAUUUUCCUGCCAGUAAUUCUGAAAGACUCCAAGAUCUGAAAUCAACUGUGGACCUGCUAACCAGCAUCACUUUUUUUCGGAUGAAGGUCCUGGAAUUGCAGAGUCCCCCUCGAGCCAGUACAGUGGUGAAAGACUGUGUAAGAGCCUGCCUGGAUUCAACUUAUAAAUACAUUUUUGACAAUUGCUAUGAUCUCUAUUCCCAAUUAGUGGAUCAGAGUAAGAAACAGGAAGUUCCUAAAGAAGAACAGGGACCAACAACAAAGAAUUUGGAUUUCUGGGCACAGCUGAUAACUCUGAUGGUCACCAUUAUAGAUGAAGAUAAAACAGCAUAUACACCAAUCUUGAACCAAUUCCCUCAAGAGCUGAACAUGGGAAAAAUCAGUGCUGAAAUCAUGUGGACUCUGUUUGCCCAGGACAUGAAAUAUGCUCUGGAAGAACAUGAAAAGCAGCGAUUAUGCAAAAGCACAGAUUAUAUGAAUUUGCACUUCAAAGUGAAAUGGUUUUAUAAUGAAUAUGUGAGAGAACUCUCUGCUUUCAAGGAUGCAGUGCCUGAAUACUCUCUGUGGUUUGAACCAUUUGUCAUUCAGUGGCUGGAUGAAAAUGAGGAUGUCUCAAUGGAAUUUCUUCAUGGAGCACUAGAAAGAGACAAAAAAGAUGGGUUUCAGCAAACAUCAGAUCAUGCCCUCUUCUCUUGUUCUGUGGUUGAUGUCUUCACACAGCUCAAUCAAAGCUUUGAGAUUAUUAGGAAAUUGGAGUGUCCUAAUCCAGAAGCACUAUCUCAUUUAAUGAGAAGAUUUGCAAAGACCAUCAACAAAGUACUUGUUCAGUAUGCUGCAAUCAUUUCAAGUUACUUCAGCUCCUAUUGUGAUAAAGAAAAUGUGGCCUGUAUCUUGAUGAACAACAUUCAGCAAUUAAGAGUCCAGCUUGAGAAAAUGUUUGAGUCCAUGGGAGGGAAGGAGUUGGAUGCUGAAGCUAGUGUUGUUCUGAAAGAACUUCAGGUGAAACUUAGCAAUGUAUUGGAUGAACUCAGUGUAACUUAUGCUGCAAGUUUCCAAUUUGUUGUUGAAGAUUGUGUAAGACAAAUGAGCAAUGAACUGAAUCAAAUGAGAGGAAAUGGGAAUGCAGCAGCCAAUAAGAACAGUGCAGCCAUUGAUGCUGAGAUUGUGCUUCGGCCUCUCAUGGAUUCCCUGGACAAAACUUUAAGUGUCUCUGCAAAAAUCUGUGAGAAGACAGUUCUGAAAAGAGUUUUGAAAGAGCUCUGGAAGUUAGUCUUAAACAAAAUAGAAAAGCAAAUUGUGCUUCCACCACUGACAGAUCAAACUGGGCCCCAGAUGAUAUUCAGUGCAGCCAAAGAUCUUGGACAACUGUCAAAACUCAAGGACCACGUGAUCCGAGAGGAAGCCAAAAGCCUGACCCUGAGGCAGUGUGCAAUAAUGGACGUGGCACUAGUGACUAUAAAGCAAUAUUUCCAUGCUGGAGGAAGUGGGCUGAAGAAGAAUUUCCUGGAAAAGAGCCCAGACCUACAGUCCCUCAAAUACGCUCUCAGCCUUUACACACAAACUACUGACGCCUUGAUAAAGAAGUUUAUAGCCACACAAACUUCUCAGAGUCAAACUGCUAAUAAUUCAGUGGGUGAGAUAUCUGUACAGGUGGAUGUCUCUACCCAUCCUGGAACUGGUGAGCAUAAAGUCACUGUGAAAGUUGUAGCAAUUAAUAACCUAAACUGGCAAACAACAGCUAUGUUCCGGCCCUUCGUGGAAGUUUGUAUAUUGGGUCCUAAAUUAAGUGACAAGAAAAGAAAACAUGGAACAAAGACAAAGAGCAACACCUGGUCACCAAAGUAUAAUGAAACUUUCCAAUUCCUGCUGAGUAACGAAGAUAAGCCGGGAGCCUACGAGCUUCACCUGUCGGUGAAGGAUUAUUGCUUUGCGCGGGAAGAUCGCAUCCUCGGCAUGACGGUCAUCCAGCUGCAGGGCAUCGCCGACAGGGGCAGCUGCGCCUCCUGGUACCCCCUGCUCAGGAGCAUCUCCGUGGAUGAGACCGGGCUAACAAUCCUUAGAAUUCUUUCUCAGAGGAACAAUGAUGAAGUUGCUAAAGAAUUUGUAAGACUUAAAACAGAAACAAGAUCUGCUGAAGAAACAGCCUAAAAUACCCAAGUAAUGCAAGGUUGUCACCGCCAAGAACAUAAAUACAACGCUGUUGUCUGACUAGUGCAUGCAUGUGCAAAUCUGUGGGAAUGUUUAACUAUGUUUUCAGUGUUUGCCAGUACUUACGUACUAUACUUGCAAGGUAUGUCAAGGAGCUGUAUAUCUUUUAUACAUAUUUUGGUCUUUGGUAAAGUAAUUGUUCCAAUGAAGUGCCAAAACUAAGAUUAAGAGUAAAUGUUUCAUCAUCUCUUUUUAAAUGUUGAUUUCACCUCAUCACAGUUUCAUUAUUUUUUAACAUUUAUUAAUAAAUAAGUAGCUUUUUUAAUUGAUAAUAGGUUACAUCUGUUAAACUGUGUUGCUUAUUCUAAAUUAAGUUUCAUCCCUUACUCUUAUUUUAAAAAUGAGGUGUACCUAGUUUUCUUCAAACUCUCAUGUUAUGCAAGCCUCAUUUUAGGUGUCUUACUGAUGACUUUUUCUAUCAUUACUACAGAUGCAGUUACUUAUAGGAAGUGUUUGUAAUUUUAUAAUUACCAAUAUAAAGUAAUGAUUUUUGCAUAAAAACUGAAAAAGGAUGGAAAUAUUUUAUGCUAUUCUCUUUUUCCAACCUUUCAUAAAUAUCACUGUGAAGAAAUGCUGUUAAAGCAGGUUCUCAAGAAGCUGUGCUUAUCAGAGUUUGUUACUGAUGUUUGAUAUCUUGAGAUAACUUUGUUCUUCAAAACUGCCACGGUAGUAUCAUAUUUGUAUAAAAAGAGUAAGUCAGUAUCUGUAGAAACAGGUUGCUGUACAGUACAGUAUAUGUGCUUUUAAAAAGUGAUUUUUUUAAAUGAUAUGGUACUGUACAAGGGGUAGUAGUUUGGAAUAUGUAACGCCGGUUUGUGGUUUGUUUCUAGAAAUUGUUUAUGAGAAGAAAGAUGCUGUUAGCAUUUUCACUCAGAGUUAUUAACGUUGCUUUACAUACUUAGCUGUGACAUCAGUUAAGUGCUUUAUUUCUUUAAUUUUUUUUAGAAAAGUUCAACAGUUUGUACUUAUGCAACAUUACUAUGUAUUGCACUAAAGCAAACUCUGUGUCCUGUAAAUAUAUUUAGUGAGGAAUUGUAAAAUAAAGUAUGCAGAAACUGCUUUCUAGUUUUGUCAUUUGAUAUUUAUGUAACUAUUGGUUUUAUGUGCAUGUGAAGCCCAUGGAGUGGGCUUACUAUAUAGCUUUAUAAUAUAUUAAAGUAUGAUUUGCACUGUCUGGAA